AUGACCUCUUCCAAAAUCCCACAAGGCCCUCCGUACGCCCCGCAAACCGUGAACGUUGGUGGGAUUCCCACCGUCGACGUCGACGUCCCAAUAUGCAGUGUAUUCAUGUUCCUUUUCCUCGUCGGAGCCAUCUGCCACAUGACCAUCCUGCAAAUCAACCUGAGGCGAGGCCACAAGUUCCUGAUGAGCGGUAUCCUGUUCGGCUUCUGUAUGGCUCGUGAGGUAGCAUUGACUAUACGAACAGUGUGGGCGGUCUACCCGAACGACACCCAGAUUGCCAUUGCUGCAGCCAUUUUCGUUCCCAUCGGCGUACUCCUCCUGUUCCUCGUCAAUCUUAUCUUUGCACAACGAAUCCUUCGAGCCUCCCAUCCUCACAUAGGGUGGAACAAAGCCGUCUCAACCGCUUUCAAGAUCCUGUACGCGCUAAUAGUCGUCAUGCUUGCCAUCAUAAUCUCAGCAACGGUAGACAACUUCUUCGUUCUCAAAACCGACGCUCACAACACUAUCCGAGACUUGACAAUAACUGCGGUGACCUACUUCCUAUUCCUGUCGUUCCUCCCCAUUCCUAUCGUCAUCUUGGCCGUCAUCAUUCCUCGCAAGACCAGAGUCGAGAAGUUUGGAAAGGGCCGUUGGCGGACUAAAAUUGCCGUCCUCCUCACAUCGUCGGUCCUCCUGUGCUUGGGAUCAUCAUUCCGCGCAGCGACGGCAUAUAAAACACCGCGACCAAAAAAUAACCCAGCGUGGUUUGAUAAAAAGUGGUGUUUCUACUUUUUCAACUUCACGCUCGAGACGAUUGUCAUUUACCUAUACCUCCUGCUCAGGGUCGAUCGUCGAUUCCACAUUCCGAAUGGCAGCAAAGGCCCUGGGGAUUACAGCGCGGGACAAAGAUCCCAAGAGAAGCCACAGGAAGUGGGAGACAGCGGUGGUGGCAGCAGUGUCGCAACUCGAGUGAACUCCGAAGAAGAAGUGUUCGACGAUCAUGUGCCGAUCGAACGGGAGCCAGGCAAGGCAAAAGGGUCUCCUGUUUGA